GUAGUCCCGGGAACUUUUGCCUCUGGCCGGAUCGUGUUGAGACCCCAGAGGGAGCAGCAGCCUGGAGGCGUGCAAGGGGGCGGUGAUGGACGCAAGAUGGCAAAGGCGACCAUUGCUCUCAAACGUUUUAAUGUUGAUACUAUGCUGAUGUCAUCUGCCCUGGAAAAGUUUGCAUACAGAUGGAAUUAUCUGUUCCCUGAAGGUUUGAAACAUUCAUCUGUGAAGCCAUCUGGAUUUGUCCAUAAUUUGGGGCUUUGCUUACCUAUUGCUUGUCUCACUUUGAGUGAAAAUCCAGAGAAAGACAGUUGUCAGCUGAGCUAUUGACAAUGCAACCACAGGAGUUAAUGACCUUCAAAGAUGUAGCCAUAGACUUCACCCAGGAAGAAUGGGCAUUGCUAGACACAUCCCAAAGAAAGCUUUUCAGAGAUGUGAUGCUGGAGAAUAUCAGUCAUCUCAUCUCAGCAGGAUAUCAGGUCUGCACAUCAGAUGUACUUUCCCAGUUGGCACAAGGAGAAGAGGUGUGGAGAGAAGGAAAGGAAUUUCUCCAAAACCAGAGUCCAGGCAGGAAAAGCGGCUGUAAAAAGCAAGAAAUAGUAUUCAUGCAACUUACCAGCAGGAAAGACAAUUCUAACAUCAUGUCAUCGAUAUCUCAUACUCAAAAGAUUUCCUUUCAAUGUAAUUACUUGCAAGAGGAUUCCACUCUCAGAUCCGCAAUGACUCUACAUUCAUUAAUUCCCAUGCGAAAGAAACCAGAUUUAAGCAAACCUUUUGGAAAAGACCUCAGUGAUGAGUUAUCUGUUAAUCAGCAUCAACAGAAUCACACAGCAAAUAAAUUAGAUGAAUGCCAUCGAAGUGCUAAAGCCUUUAUUAAAGGCUCUGGCCACAGAAAGUACAAGGGAAGUCAAACUGGAAAUCAACCAUAUGAAUGCCCUCUAUGUGGGAAAACAUUCAUUAGUUUUUUUCAACUUAGACAACAUGAGGAGACCCACACUGCAGAGAAACCCUAUGAAUGUCACCUAUCUGGGAAAAUGUUACAUAGUUAUUCUGGUCUUAGGCAACAUGAAAGAACUCACACUAUUGAGAAAACCCAUGAAUUUCAUAUAUGUGGGAAAAUGUUCAAUCAAUAUUCUUAUCUCAGACAGCAUGAGAGAACUCACAUUGGAGAGAAACCCCAUAAAUGUCAUUUAUGUGAGAAAGCCUUCCAUCAACAUUAUCAUCUCAUACAACAUGAGAGAACCCACACUGAAGAGAAAUCCUAUUUAUGUCAUACCUGUGGGAAAACCUUCAGUAAUAAUUCUUCUCUCAGAAAACAUGAGAGAACACACACUAGAGAGAAACUCUAUGAAUGCCAUACCUGUGGAAAGGCUUUCAGUCAAAAUUCUUAUCUCAGACAACAUGAGAGAAUUCACACUAUAGAGAAACCCCAUAAAUGCCAUAUAUGUAAGAAAGCCUUCCGUCAACAUUAUUAUCUCAUACGACAUGAGAGAACCCACACUAAAGAGAAACCCUAUGAAUGCCAUACCUGUGGGAAAACCUUCAGUCAAUAUUGUUAUCUUAGAAUACAUAAGAGAAGACACACUGGAGAGAAACCCUAUGAAUGCCUUACCUGUGGGAAAGCCUUCAUUCAUGGUUCUCAUCUAAGAGAACAUGAGAGAGCUCACACAGGUGAAAAACCCCAUAAAUGUGGCAUAUGUAGGAAAGCCUUCAGUCAAAAUUCUUCUCUUAGACGACAUGAGAGAACACACAAUGAAGAAAAACCCUAUGAAUGCCAUACCUGUGGGAAAACCUUCAGUCAAAAUUCUUAUCUUAGAGAACAUAAGAUAACACAUAUUGGAGGGAAAUUCUAUGAAUGCCAUACCUGUGGAGAAACCUUCAGUCAAUACUGUUAUCUUAGACUACAUAAAAGAACACACACCGAGGAGAAACUCUAUGAAUGCCAUUUCUGUGGGAAAGCCUUCAUUCGUAGUUCUCGUCUAAGAGAACAUGAGAGAGCUCACACUGGAGAGAAACCCCAUAAAUGUCAUGUAUGUGGGAAAGCCUUCAGUCUAAAUUCUUCUCUUAGACGACAUGAGAGAACACACAGUGGAGAAAAGCCCUAUGAAUGCCAUACCUGUGGGAAAACUUUCGUUCAAUAUUGUCAUCUCAUACGACAUGAGAGAAUCCACAUUGAAGAGAAAACCUUUGAAUGCCAUACCUGUGGGAAAACCUUCAGUAAAUAUUCUAAACUUAGGCAACAUGAGAGAAUACACACUGGAUUGAAACCCUUUGAGUGCCAUACCUGUGGGAAAGCCUUUAAGUUUUGUUCUAACCUAAGAAUACAUGAGAGAGUUCACACUGGAGAGAAACCCCAUAAAUGUCAUGUAUGUGGGAAAGCCUUCAGUCAAAAGUCUUCUCUUAGACGACAUGAGAUAACACACACUGGAGAGAAACCGUAUGAAUGUCAGAUCUGUGGGACAUCCUUCAGUCAGUAUUGUUAUCUUAGAAUACAUGAGAGAACACACACUGGGGAGAAACCCUAUCAAUGCCAUACCUGUGGGAAAGCCUUCACUCGUUGCGAUACCCUAAGAGAACAUGAGAGAACUCACACUGGAGAGAAACCCUAUGAAUGUAAUCUAUGUGGGAAAGCUUUUACUCAAAAUUCUGCCUUCAGGCAACAUGAGAGAAUGCAUAGUGUACAGAAGUCAUAAGAAUGUAAUCUAUAUGGGAAGACUUUAAUUUUUCUAACUUUAGACAACAUGAAAUUAUUCAAACUUGAUUGAAGCCCUGAGUGUUAUUGAUGUGAGAAAAUUUUCAGUCAAUAAUUUGACUUUAGAUGGAAUGAUAGGACUCACACUACACAUAAGUAAAAUAAGUCAGCUCUGUAGGAAUGAAACACUAGGUCUGUAAUUACUGUACCUAUCAUUCAAGGGUACUGUACCCUAUCAUUGUUUUUGUGAAAACCAAGCCUUAGUAUGCUAAAAAAAUGCUUAGUUUAGGAAUAACCACAAAGACAUGAAAUAAAAUGGGAGUCAUAAAAACCUGAAGUAAGAGGAAAAAUUUUUAUUAGAAGGAUGAUACCCCUUGGGGGAGAUCCAGAAAUUUCAUGAUGGAGAAUAAUAUAAACUCAGGGGAGAUCAUUUACUCAGAAAUUUAGGAGGUUGUUAUGAGAUUGUGUCUCUGUGAGGGAUAAUGUUUGAGGGCAUUGGGCAAAUUAUUGGAUAUUUUGUGACUGGGUUAUGGACAUCAGUAGUGGAAAUGCUGUUGGUGUGGGGAUAGAAUGUGAAGUCUGAUUUUGGUUUUCUAGAAUAAUUGAAUAUGCUUCUGUUGUUGCCUCUAAUGGAUCAAUGAUGAACAUUUUUUUAAGCCAAUGAUUAAAUAUCUGAAGGGUAGGAGUAGAUGUGUUUGUUUUUUUACCUUAGAGGGAACAUUACUUCAUCUCAGUAGCAACAGUAUUUAUCAGUGGGUGAGAGGGUCCUGCACACAGUACACUGAGUCAAGCAUAGAUUCAGAUAAAACCCUUUUCCCCCCACUAAUGACCCAUUAGGGAAUAUCAGAACCCACUUAAAUAAUCAUCUUAAUAAUCAAAGAGGUAAUGCUAAAAUAAUGCAGGGCCCUUAGGCAGUGCUGUUAAGAUGGUCCAGAUGUGGAAAUCCAAUACUUGACAUUAAUUUUGGAAAAAUUAUGAUCCAGAGCAUGCAUAUAUGAAAACUUUACAGCUAAUAUGAUUUUAGAAGACUGUGAAUUUUCUCCUAGUAAAAUUGGGAACACUAGAAGUAUUUCUCUUCUCAUUACUGUACCUUAUAUUUUAUGAAAUAUUGAAAGACUGAUUGCUUUACCCUAGAGACCAAGAAAAGAUUAUUUUUUUCUCAUAAUUUCUCUUACGUUUAGACAUAGUGGUGGACUUAUGUGGUGUCAUAAGUCACGGUGGAAAGAAAAAUAAAACUUGGGGAAAAAAACUUUUUGUUUGCAGAUGACAUGUUUCAGUAUAUAGAAGCUACUGUUAAAUUUCCAAAAGGAAAUUAGAGGCCAUUAUUAAUUUUAGGAAUAUCAUAGAAUCUGAAGUAAAAAUAAAAUUCAAUCUCUAUGUUAGAAAUUUAUUGGGAGAGUUAAUCCAUGUUUCAAGGCCCCAAAUUUCAUGGCAUCUGAGUUUGCAUGUCUAGUUCCAUGGUGGAUCCACCUACAGCAAAUGCUCUCAUGGGAAAUUCAGCUAGUUCAUUCAUAUCACUGAGGUUAAGUCCAUUAGCCUCAUUUUCCAGAAGUCAAUCAGCCUUUCUUCCACCAGGUUCUCAAGCCUCAUUGGUUAUGAAAAGCAGUUUGGUGUAUCCUCAUUGGCUAUUUCAUUGCAAAGAUACCUAUCAUCAUAGAACCCUUGUUAUAUCCAUAAACAUAAGUAAUGCAUUUGGUGCCUUUCCACACCACCACUUGUUUCUAGUGGUCCCCUCACUACACUAGGGAAUAUUUCAUUCUGCAAUUGCGUUCUGUCCAUCAAUCUGAUCUGACUGCUAAGCCAUUGGUGAUGGCUUCCACCAUGAGACAGUAAGUGUACAUGGGGGUACUUAGAUCCAGGUGUUCCAGUAUUAUUAGGACCACUCACACUUCAGUCCAUUGGUCCCAUUUUUCAGUGCCAGGGGUGGUAUGUCAUCUACCGAAGGCCAUGGAAAGUGGCUGUUACCCAAUGACCAGUUUGGCUGACCCAUGAGUGAACCAGCAUGGAGCAUCUGGUGGGGUGUCCAUAUGUCAGGGUCCUUUGGGUUCCAAUGCAUGGAGGAAAGGUCCCUGUAUUGCAACAGGCUCAUAUUUAAUGGGCACCUCUGCCAGCCUUUCAUGAAAGCAUUCUACUUCCUGGGUAUCUGAGCACAGUCCUGCAUUUAUUACUUCUAUUUGAUGAUACUUUGUCACUGGGCACUGCCUGGGUAAGGGUUCUGACUACCCUGAACCCAGGAUAUAAUGGGGAUUUCUAAUAUCAGGAGGAUGUUGGUGCUCUUGAUGGUAAUUCUUUCCAUUUCCAUCAAGCCCCUAUAGCACAUCAGAAGUCUUUCAUAGGAGUAGUUCUGGGAUUCAUCCAUGAGCUUUGUGCUCUAAAAUCCCAUAGUUCUUCAUUCCAUGUAACCUGUUGUCAUGUUUCCCUUCCACUGGAAUGGAGUUUCCAAUGUCUCAGUAGCUUUUCUGACAGAGGGGUACAACUCAGUAAGUUCUUCCUUAUGGCCUUUGUGUACUCAGAGUCAUUCACUCCUAUGUUCUCUUGUCUCAUUUGCUUGGAAAACACAGGAAGGAUGAAAGACCAAUACCAUGCAAUGGGAGCACACCAAUUGCUGGGUCACAUGAGCUGUAAAUGAGAUACCUGAAUCUGAUUGGAGUCUUGUAUAUCAGAUGACAUAGUCCAUGUUUCUCCAAGGCUGCAGUGGGGGUCCCAGCAUCCACAUGAAUGUGAAUUGCUUUCCAGUACCUAGAGUUUGUCUAAAGUUGUGAGUUACCAUUGGAACCCGACUAGGGAAGACCAAUCUAAUGUGGUUGAGUUGCCACUGUCUUCAGGGCCUAAUCCCCACCUGAUAUAGCCCAGCACACCGUGCUGUGUGGCCUGAGCUCAUUAUCAAGAGUUACAAGACUGCUCUGCCUUUGGUAUCUAUCUCUCCUAGAGUGUGUCCUCAUGAUUUCUCUCAUUGUUGAAUCUGAGUUGGGCUUCUGCAUCCUGUGGUGAUUCCAGUAGGCAAUCAUAGCAACUUGGGUACAUGGUCAGUGUGGAAGUCCUGUUUGUGUUCUCGUACAACUGAUCUUUUGCAAUGGAUGUUGUUUCAGUUUGCUAAAGCUACUGGAAUGCAAUGUACCAGAAAUGGAUUGGCUUUUACCAUGGGGAUUUAUUAAUUUACAACUUACAAUUCUUAGGCCAUGAAAAUGACCCAAUUAGGGCAUCAACAGGAUGAUACAUGGAUUCUGGAGACAGGCUGCCUGUAUCUGGGCCACCUCUGUCAGAUAGAAAUGCACAUGGUUGGCAUUUGCUGGUCCUGCACUCCCAUGUUUCAUUGCUUUCAAAUCUUUCUAGUGGCCUGGUAUGAGCUUCCUUGAGGAUUUUAGUCUUUGGUUUUGGUUUUUGUUUUUGCUUCUCUGAAGCUUUUAUCUCUGACUGAAUUUUCUGUCUUUUUAUCAUCUCUUAAAGGAUUCUAGUAAAAGUAUUAAGACCCACCUUGAAUGGGCUGGGUCAUUGCACAAUUGAAAUUCCCAAAAGGUCACACCAAUUAGAUCUAAUGUACCCAUUAGAAUGGAUUUGAAGGAUAUGGAGUGUGAUAUCCUCAACAUGGUGACAUACAGCUACUGAAAAUUCUCCCAAGAUUCAACAAAAAAGGACAAUUCUGAAUUGUUUCAAACUCUAGAGAAGAAUGUAGACUGGACAAGGACACUGGAAAUACCAAGUUGAAGAAAAAGAAGAAAUAUCUGGUAAGACUCUUCCAUCCCAGACCAGCUGGUCCUCUCCCCUCUCUCUCGGUCUCAGAGGCACAGAAUCAACAGACAAGACCUCUUCCACUAGGGACACAUUUUAAAACCUCACAACAGUGAGACAUACCCUGUUUGCAGACCUGGGGGACAGGGAAGGACAUUUCAAGGCCCAGGUCAGUGAGGGACAAAGGGACUGAGAAAAUGUGGACAGAGACUGUUUCCAGUCCUGGAUCUGAAAGCCCUUGCUCCACCCUUGAUGGCAGCUCCAGCUGCCAUUUCCUUGCUUUGGGGAAGGCUGGAGUACUGAGCUGAGGAAGUAUUCUGCCUCAGGUGUAGCCCUGCAUUGAGCCAGAUUUUAGCUAACAAACUGAGACUUAGGUGUCCUGCAGUUUUAGCUCACCUGUGUAGACACAGCCUGUGCUCAGAGGCAGUGCAGCCCUGAGGAGAAUUAAAUUACUAUACAGCACCAUCUGCUGGAUAGUCCAGAAAAUGCAAGGGAAUAGAAACAUUUUUUAAAAGUUGCUCCAGACCCUUUCUUAGGACCACAGGAGCUGGUUUACUUACCCUGCACAGAAACCCAGCCCUGUUUUGGCUGAGAUAUAUGGAUAACCCAACUGUUAAAACCAGGCUCUAAAAUGAGCCCAGGCCUUGCUAGUUGGCAGAAAACAGAGCAUCACUGGGAGCCAGCAGAUCCAUAUUACCACAAUAAACUUCCUGGGGUGCUCAGUGCCUACCUCUCAUCCCUGUGGCAGACCAUGAUGGGUAUCUGAUUUGGAGGGGAAGAAUGGGAGGCAGAGCCAAUCUGACCACUGGCCAGUGAGAGAAAUGAGAGAUCGAAGAAAAUCCUACGCAACAGAGAGGAAACCUCCAGAAUAAACUAAUCAAGAAAAUCAUGCCUAGACAGCAAAAAAUCACAACCCACACCAGGAAAUGUGAAGAUAUGAGCCAGACACAAAAAGAAACUGACGGCUUAGCUGAGAUUCAAGAAUUGAAAUAAGUAAUUAAAGAUGCUCAAACAAGUCAUCUAAAUCAAAUCAAGGUGAAAGAAAAUGUGACAAAACGGAUGAAAGCUAUAAAGAAACUGGGUGACCAUAAGGAAGACUUUGUAAGCUUGAAAAAACAUGACAAAUUAUGGGUAUGAACGGCAUGAUAGAAAAGAUAAACAAAAUGGAGACCUAUAACAGUAGACUUAGAAGAAAGGAUUCAUGAACUAGAGGAUAGGACAUCGGAAAUUCACACAAAAAAAUAGAUACGGAAAACAAUGGAAAAA